AUUUCUGAAAUUUCCAAGAAGCAUAUAAGGGAUUUGAGGAACCAUGAUGGUUUUUGGAUCUUUUCGGUCAUGUUCUGAAACUUUGUCAUACCAUUCCUGAGUUUGACUAUUACUGGAAUAGGUUGGUUACAAAGUAUUCGUGUAUGAAUAAUGAUUGGUUAAAGAAGCUUUAUAACCUUCGAGAGAAGUGGUGCCCAACAUUUUCAAAGGAUUUCUUCUCUGCUGGUAUUUUGUCUUCCCAACGUAGUGAGUUAACCAAUCAUGCCUUGUCUAAGAAAGUAAGUGUAACUGCUACUCUAUGUGAUUUUUAUCAUUUCUUCUGUGAAACUGUGAGUGAAUGGCGUAGUCAUGAGAGCAGUGAUAAUGAACGAUGUUGGGAGGGAUUUCCAGAGAUUGCUAUCCCAUAUAUGCAAAGAAAAGUUCACAAAGUUUUGUCUUCGAGUGAUUCCAAUGAAGUAGCUAGGGCUUUGUGUGAGGAAGAAUUUAACAAGUUGAAAGUCGAUGUUGAAGCUCAUGUUGGCAGCAUUUAUUUUUCUGAUACUGAUUCACCUCAUAAUGGAGAAGUUCAGAUCUGUAAUCCAAAGGGUUCGAGGAAUAAGGGAGAAAGGAAUGUUAGGUGGAAAAGUGUUAGAGAAAAGAAGACUAAUCAAGCUAGAGGCCGAAAACAAGCUGUCCACCGGAGUGCUUCUACAUGUUCUGCAGAGCUUCCAAGUUCUAUGGCUUGUUCUUCAUUAUUAGAUACAUGAAUUAUGAUUUGUUCACUUUUUACCUUAAAUGUUGAAAGUUACAGUUGUGCAAGUGAUUUCAGUUUUCUCUAUUUUCUAUUUCGAGUCACUUUGGAGUAGUGUGGAAAUGUUUAUCGGCAAUGAAUUGGAAAUGUUCAC